ACCUGUAGCACGUUGGAGAGCGCAUGCUCAGUUCUUCCCCGCGCUACCGGGAAACGACGAGGGCGGGACAUGGCCGCGGCGGGCGGCAGGGUCUGGGCGCUGUGGUUGCGGUUGCGGUUGCGGGGACCGACCUGGGGCAGGGCCGCUGCUCGCUGCGCGGGGGCCGGGGUUGGCCGCGCCUCGCUGCUGCUGCGGUCUCCGGCUUGCAGACAGAAGUCAUCAAUCAGUUUCCUUAGUCGACCUGAUCGUCCAAAUCUAGCUUAUAAUAAGAUAAAAGGCAAGAACCCAGGUGUUGUCUUCCUCCCAGGCCUUAAUUCAAAUAUGAAUGGGCAGAAAGCAGUUGCACUCGAGGACUUCUGCAAAUCUCUCGGUCAUGCCUUUGUAAGAUUUGAUUAUACAGGAUGUGGAAGUUCGGAUGGUAAUCUUCAAGAGUGUACGGUUGGAAAGUGGAGGAAGGAUGUUUUGUCUGUACUGGAUGAACUCACAGAUGGACCACAGAUUCUAGUGGGAUCCAGCUUAGGUGGAUGGCUUAUGCUUCAUGCAGCAAUAGCUCGUCCAGAAAAGGUGGCUGCUUUAGUCGGAGUAGCUGUAGCUGCAGACUAUCUUGUAACAGCUUUUAAACAUCUUCCCCUUGAGAUGUCAGGGGGCUUACAGGAAUGGGUCAAAUACACCCCUUUUUCUCCUUCUGACCUCAACUGGUCCAAAAAGAAAUAGAAGAAAAGGGUGAAUGGAAACUACCAACAAGACACAAUGAGGAGGGGUUUUAUUGUUUGUCAUAUGAGUUCAUUAAAGAAGCAGAAAACCACUGUCUGUUGAGCAAUCCUAUUCCUAUAACCUGCCCUAUAAAACUUAUCCAUGGCAUGAAGGAUGAAGAUGUCCCAUGGCAGGUAUCCAUGCAAAUUGCAGAUCAUGUUGUCAGCACAGAUGUGGAUGUGAUCCUCCGCAAAGUUGGUCAGCACCGAAUGAGUGAGAAGGAUGACAUGAAACUACUUGUGUACACUGUUGAUGAUUUAAUUGACAAGCUGACCACCCUAGCAUGAGUUGCAUGUUGGCACUAAUGCAUGAGCUUAACACUCAGAUCUAUUCUGUGAUUAACCAAAACCUUUUUUUUUAUGGCAAUGGAACACUGCUGAAUCUGGAAGGAUGCAAAGGUCACAAAAGAAAGGAAGUGGAGCUUUAACUUCUGUCUCCUUGCCUCUGUUUUGUAAAUAAAGGUGUUUUCUUAAUGCUGCAUUUGCACAAAUGGUAGAAAAUGUGAAGAAAAUGCUGCUGUUUGUUAAACUUUCCCUCACCUUGAUUUCGUGUGACUUUUUUUUUUCAAAAGUUUCUUACACUAUUUUGUACUGAAACAUGUUUACCUUUCUUACAUUUGUGACAAUGGUUAAUUUUUGCUACCAUUAGAACUGUACAGUACAACUUAAUUUUUUAAUUCCUUUUGACAUCCUAAAAUAUUGUGCUUUACGCUUUAACAUUAUUCCAUUUCUGAGUUCUGAAACUUGUCUGAGCCUUCCCACCCCAAGUAUGUACCCGAAAUGUUCAAUUAAACUAAUGCCCCUAGAAAUAGAAUGGGGGGAAAUACAGCAUAAUAAAGUUGGCUUCAAAUAUAAAA